UACCCAGCUAAAAGAAGAAAAUGGGCACCGGGGAUUUCAUCUGCAUUUCCAUGACCGGAGGGGCGCCCUGGGGGUUCAGAUUGCAAGGUGGCAAGGAGCAGCAGCAGCCCUUACAAGUCGCUAAGAUCCGAAGCCAGAGCAAAGCCUCCGGGUCUGGGCUCUGUGAGGGGGAUGAAGUGGUUUCUAUCAAUGGCAACCCUUGUGCAGACCUCACCUACCCAGAAGUCAUCAAGCUCAUGGAGAGCAUAACAGACUCUCUCCAAAUGCUCGUCAAAAGACCAUCCAGUGGAAUAAGUGAGACUUUGAACUCUGAGACUGAAAACAAAAACCAUGAGCAUCUCAUCCAUGAAGGGUACGUGGAAAGUACCACCCUACAGAUUCGACCAGCCACGAAGAGCCAGUACAGAGAGUUCUACAUCGCCCAGGUCAAGAGUGGAGCUCCCCUAGCUGAGGACCAAGCAAGUGGUGCUGGUUUUUCUGGGAGCAUAAAAGAAGAAACAGGCCUGGCUCCUCACACGUCUGACUCUAAAAGUAGAUGCUUAGCAGAGGAGGUUAUCUUAAGGGAGAAGGCAGAAGCGGGGCAGCCAGGCACUGUGGUUGAGCUACAACUGACCCUUUCACAAGAGAGACACAAGCGCACUAGUGCCCCUGUAGUGGCUCUCCUGGGAGCUGAAAAAUCUAAGUCUCCUGACCCAGAUCCUAAUCUACAGCAUGACGGGAUCGUCCACAUAAAUUCUGUCCCCACUAAUGAGAAAGGGGAGCCUCCUCUGAGGUCCAGCAAGAUAAUCCAGAUCUCCAGUGGCCAAGAGUUGAGAGUGAUACAGGGAAGUGAAGCAGGAGACACCGGGCUGCCCCGAGUGGAAGUGAUCUUCGACUGCUCUGAUAGGCAGAAGACGGAAGAGAGCAGGCUUCAGGCAGGAAAGGGGUGUGUGGAUUCUCCAGUGGAAGGAGGGCAGUUAGAAGCACCUCCUUCUCUGGUAUCCUUUGCAGUCUCAUCAGAAGGCACAGAGCAGGGAGAAGAUCCACGGUCAGAAAGGGAUCACAGCAGACCUCACAAGCACAGAGCACGCCACGCACGGCUCAGGAGGAGUGAAAGCCUAUCAGAAAAGCAGGUGAAAGAAGCAAAAUCUAAAUGCAAAAGCAUUGCCCUCCUUCUGACAGAUGCCCCCAACCCCAACUCCAAGGGGGUGUUGAUGUUUAAGAAGCGUCGUCGGAGGGCCAGGAAAUACACCCUAGUCAGUUACGGGACUGGUGAACUUGAUCGAGAGGCAGAGGAGGAGGAGGAAGAAGGCGACAAAGAGGAUACAUGUGAAGUAGCAUUUCUGCGUGCGAGCGAAUCCGAGGUGGAGGAAGAGUUGUUGUCUGACACUGACGACAACACACAAGUUGUGAACUUUGACUGGGAUUCUGGACUAGUGGACAUUGAAAAGAAACUGAACAGAGGGGACAAGAUGGAGAUGUUGCCAGACACCACAGGCAAGGGGGCCCUCAUGUUUGCUAAGAGGAGGGAGAGAAUGGAUCAGAUCACAGCCCAAAAAGAGGAGGAGAGGGUGAGUGGAAUGCCAAGCAGAGAACCAGAUGCUGCCCAGAUGGAUGGCCUGAGAACCAUGACAUCUUACCAAAGGAAGGAAGAAGAAUCGGUGAGAGUGCAGAGCUCUGUGAGCAAAAGCUACAUUGAGGUGAGCCAUGGCCUUGGCCAUGUGCCCCAACAGAAUGGCUUCACCGGGGUGUCCGAGACAGCAGAGGCUCAGAGGAUGAUCCCUAUGAAUAGAACGGCCAAACCCUUCCCGGGGUCCGUGAACCAGCCAGCAACCCCCUUCUCUCCAACGCGAAACAUGACCAGUCCCAUCGCUGACUUUCCUGCGCCUCCACCUUAUUCUGCAGUCACACCCCCACCUGAAACCUUCUCCAGAGCAGUGUCAAGUCCGACAGCUGGCCCACCACAGCCCCCUCCGUGGCCCCAGCCUGGCCCAUGGUCCCAGCCAGCCUUUUACGAUUCAUCUGAACGAAUAGCUUCCCGGGAUGAAAGGAUCGCGGUGCCAGCAAAAAGAACAGGAAUAUUGCAGGAGGCCAAAAGGAGAAGCACGACAAAACCCAUGUUCACUUUUAAAGAGCCCAAAGUAAGCCCAAAUCCUGAACUCUUGUCACUUCUUCAAAAUUCGGAAGGCAAAAAGGGCACUGGAGCAGGAGGAGAUUCCGGACCAGAAGAAGACUACCUCAGUUUAGGAGCAGAGGCUUGUAAUUUCAUGCAAAGCCCCACUGCAAAACAAAAGACCCCACCUCCUGUCGCUCCAAAGCCUUCUGUCAAGUCCUCAUCCUCCCAACCAGUAACUCCAGUUUCUCCAGUCUGGUCGCCAGGAGUGGCUCCAGCCCAACCUCCUGCCUUCCCCACAUCCAACCCAUCACAUGGCACCGUUGUUUCCUCCAUCAAAAUAGCGCAGCCUUCUUACCCUCCUGCCCGGCCUGCUAGUGCUCUGAACCUGGCUGGUCCCUUCAAAGGACCACAAGCAUCAGUAGCCAGUCUGAACUACACUCCCAAACCAGCGGCUCCCACACCAACGGUAAACGCUGCUCAUACUGGUGCAAUGGGACCAUCCAAUGAGCUUCCAGGAAUGAGUGGGAAAGGAGCCCAGCUCUUUGCUAAAAGGCAGUCGAGGAUGAAAAAGUACGUGGUAGAUUCAGACACCGUGCAGGCCCAUGCUGCCCGUGCUCAGUCUCCCACUCCAUCUCUCCCGGCCGGCUGGAAGUACUCCUCCAAUGUCCGAGCACCCCCUCCUGUGGCCUACAAUCCUAUCCACUCCCCCUCCUACCCACUGGCUGCCGUCAAGUCCCAGCCAUCAGCCCCACAGGCCUCCAAAACAAGCAAGAAAAAGGGCAAGAAACCCCUUAAUGCUUUGGAUGUCAUGAAGCACCAACCUUAUCAGCUAAAUGCAUCCUUGUUUACUUUCCAACCUCCAGAUGCAAAGGAUGGCCUCCCUGCAAAGUCAUCAGUCAAGGUCAGUUCACUGCCAGCCAUGAAGCAAGCUAUUCCUCCUCAGCCAGUGAAUGCUGGCUCGCCCGCUAAUGUGCAGGCCUCGUCUGUGUACUCAGUGCCAGCCUAUAGCUCUCAGCCUUCCUUCUUUGCCGAGGCCUCCUCACCAGUAAGCGCCUCCCCAGUGCCCGUGGCCAUUCCCACCUCUCCAAAGCAAGAAUCAGCCUCGACAUCUUACUUUGUGGCACCAAGGCCGAAGUUCUCAGCAAAGAAAAGUGGUGUCACAGUUCAGGUGUGGAAACCAUCUGUUGUGGAAGAGUAAUCUUGUAGCUGAAGCUGAGUGUCCACUUUGCUUGAAACGAAUUGUUUGCAGUGUUACUUGAGUCCCUGAGAAUGCCUAGCAAGUCCUCAACUUAAUUUCAGAUGUCACCUCCCAAUCUGGGUCCAAGGAGAAUAUUUUUAAUGAGUCAAAAAUCUAACUCAGAUUGACUUAAAACAUAUUUAUCUUCUUUGCACACUUAAAAAGUCUGGGAGCACCCCUAAAUAGACAUGGGCCAUUAUAUUAAGUAAGCAGAUACUUAGGGUUUAUGCUUUAGCCACAAAAAAAAAAAAAACAGUGAUCAGUGUUAUCAACAUUGGGACACAGUCUUUAUGUAACAUAACAGCUGUGUUCCUACAGUGAAAAGGUUCAAAUGUAGUGAAAACAUAACAUGUAUUGACUGACAUUUCCUUUUUAAGUAGUGCUUUAUCUCUAUUACUAGUAUUAAAGGAUACGAAAUUUAUCGAGGACAGGGAUCAGCUCUGGUCUGUCAACCUCAGCCACCUGUUUGAUGUUGCAGAGAAGGUACCUUGGGGACGGUUGGAAUGUACAUAGUUUAGUAAGGUAGGUAAGAAAGAGGGGAUUAAUAAUUAUAGAGUACUUAUUAUGUACUAGGCUCCUUGCCAGAUGUUUUACAUAUAUUAGCUCAUUUCUUUAAAGUAAACUGGAUGGGCAAGAAGGAUAAUUAUCCUUAGAGAUUGAUUCCCAUCCUCUCUCCCCAGUUACCUAAGAAAUUGAGUACAUCUCCAAUUGCCCAUGAAGGCAUAAGUUUGUUUUCCUCGGCUGAGGCAAGUGGUAGAGUACAGUAAAACGGAGUAACACAUAAAAAGGUGAGCAGGCUGCAGAUAAAGGUACAUAUGACUAUUGUUUUCCUUUGGGAAAUCACAUGAUUGGGGCAUGAAGGGUUACUGACUCCAGGGGCUGACUGUGAAGCACGAGUAAUCCCAUGUGUGUGGAGGCCGUAGGGUGAGAACUCACAAUUAUUAGCAUCAUUUCUGAGUGACGUCACAGAUUUUUUUUUUCUUGUGUUUGUUUUGCUUUCUGACAACUGCUCCUCCCACUGUUCCUUGCAAUUCUAUUCUUGCACCUUCACUUUAUUAUUUAUAUUUGAUGGACCAGGAGGAUUCAGACAAGGUUACCUUUAAAUUUGGAUUGGUCAUACACCAUGCCAUCAUCCAGCUGGCUCUGAAGUUAAUAAUGUUACUGACAGUAAACCUGAAGACCUUUCUCAUAUCUAUUUUAAGUCCAAGUCUGACCAACCAUGGAAAAUAUUCAACAUGAAUUAAUGUAGAGAACCACAAAGCAUUUUUGACAGCUCCAAGGAAAGCCAUCUACUCGAUACAAGAGAUAUGUCUAGAGACCUCUCAUAAAAGCUUGCCUGGUGUGAGGGUACAUGGUACCAUUUUAAUCCUCUGAAAAUACCUGUAUUCCUGUUCUUUUUCUGCUGUCACUGUCAAUCUGCUCUAUUUUCACUACCCUAUUAAAACUAUUACUUUCUUCUUUAAUCUGUUCAAUGUAUUAAAAAAAAAAUACUUCCCUGUA